AUGCCUCGUGGUCAGAAGAGUAAGCUCCGUGCCCGUGAGAAACGCCGCCAGGCCCAAGGUGAGGCCCAACUGAAGGCCCAAGCUGACACUCACGAUCCUGAGGGUGCUCAGGCCACUACAGGAGAGGAGAAAGGGUCUCCCCACUCCUCCUCUCCUUCUUCUGGGAAGUCUCCCCAGAGCUUCCCUGCUGCUGGCUUUCCCCAGGGGCCUGAAAGAGUCCCAUCCACCACCACUGAUGCUGCCUGUGUGUGCGGCACAAAAGCCACCGUAGGUGCAGAGGGCCAAGAGGAGGGAAGAGCAAGUUCCUCUCAGGCCCCACCCCCCACUGAGAAAUCACAAAGGGAUCCGCUCAGCUGCCGUGUGUUCAUGUUGUUGGGCUUUCUGCUGGAGAAGUAUAAAGCUAAAAAGCACAUUUCCAAGGCAGACAUGAUAAAGAUCAUCAACAAAAGGUUCAAGGAGCAAUUCCCUGAGAUCCUGAGGAGAGCCUCUGAGCACAUUGAGGUGAUCUUUGGCCUCGAAGUUAAGGAAGUUGACUCCAAGGGUCAAUACUACACCAUUGUCAGAAAAUGGGAAAUUAGCAAGGAAGAGAAUAUAUAUGGUGGUGGUCGGUAUCACAAGAAUGGCCUCUUGUUACCUCUCCUGGGCUUGAUGUAUGUGAUAGGCAAGCGGGCGACUGAAGAGAAGAUUUGGCAAUUCCUGAAUAGUUUGGGUGUUUAUGAUGGGGAGAGGCACAUAAUCUUUGGGGAUCCCAGGAAGCUCAUCACCAAAGAUUUGGUGCAGGAAAAGUACUUGGAGUACCAGCAGGUGCCCAACAGUGAUCCUCCACGCUAUGAAUUCCUUUGGGGUCCCAGAGCCUAUGAUGAAGCCAACAAAACAAAAGUCCUGGAAUUUUUGGCCAAGGUCAGUGAUAUGAAACCCAGUACCUUUCAAGCCCUGUAUGAAGAAAUUCGGAGAGAGAAGGAAGGAGGAGCUGCAACUGAGGUUGGUUCUCUUGCCAGGGCUAGGGCCCAUUUCAUGGAAUAG